AUGUUUCAUAUUAGGCCAAUUCCAAGUAAUAAAAAAAUCAAUCCAUUCAAACUGAAAUCACCCAUACUUCAAGUUGCUUCUAAGCCGAAGAUCUCAAGCUCAGGUUCUUUUCGCUUAAAAACAUUAGAACCAAUAGAUUUAACGCAAACAGAUAUUCUUGACAGCGAAGAUAACGAAAUAUUCACAGUUAAGAUUUUAUCUAACUGGGGAAAUCCAACUCAUAUCUGUUGCUCUUAUAUGCAAUUUUUAUCAAACACGAGACGCUCAAUAAAUCCUAUUAAAAUGAUGUCAGUACCAAAAACUGAUGAAAAUUUUCUACAAAAGCUUAAUGGAGAUAUUGUUAAACCAAAUGAAGACAUGUGGAGAAUUAAUUGGCCACCAGAUGAAGAUGAUACAUUCUCAAUUAUAUUUGUAUUCCAAAAACAUCAAUCUCCAUCUUUUAUAAGAAUAUGGAAUCCUCAGGAAAAUUUAGAUGAAUCAAUAAAAGAUAUAGAAAUCUACAGUGGCAAAACAUUAAUCGGCAAAGAGGAAAUACCAAAAGGAUUUGGAAAAGAUAUACGCACAAGAGCGCAAGAAGGAGGAAGUAUUAAAUCUUCUCAAUCAAUGCAAUUUAUUCAACAGAUCUUCCCGCAACUUGCUCCUAAUUCAAUGGCACCAGUUGAUAAAUACGGAUGUUUUCCUGUUUUCAAAGUCAGAAAAAUUACAAUUGAAGUAUUAAGCAAUUACGGUAAUCCAAACGUUUUUGGACUUGGCUCAGUGGGUUUAAUAAAUGAAAAGGAUGAAUAUGUUGUUCGUGAUGAUAUUAAUAGAGUUGUUGUCGAAAAUUGCUCAGAUUUUUCAGAUCCUCUACAAUUAAUACCGCAAAAUAAAGGUAUUCCUGAAAAAUGCACUUUUGUUGCUCAUUCAAAUUUCGAAAAACACCCUUCAUUAACAUUCUAUCUUGAAAAUGUAAUAAUUCUCAAAAGAAUCAUCUUAAUUAAUUUAGAUGUUGGACCAAGUGGUUUUGAUUGUGAAGUAAAUCAUUGUAAAAUCUAUACGAAUGAUAAAUUAGAAUGGGUUGGCAAACUACUCUGCACAAGGCCCAAGGAUGGUGUCAGACCCCAAAACUGUAGAAUUUAUAUCACUCCUCAUCUUAAUCCAUGA